AUGGCGACACUGGAUCGCCAAAUACCAAGUCCGGAUACCUUCCUCUGCAAGCCUUGGUCUUCCUUCGUCAGUGCCGCUAAAUUACGUUUUGUUGACAGCGCAGAUUCGUCCUCGGACAACGGCGACAGAGAGCUUUUCUGCCCCGGGGAAACCGUGAAGCUCAGGAAAGAAGAGAUGCAUGUCUGCAGACCCUUCCCAGCACUGGAGGAUUUUUGUCUUGUUGUCUGCCAUGUCUGCAGUAAGGUGGUCACUCCUCAGGGCAUCCUCACACACUAUGAGAAGCGGCACAGCUCCCCGGUCCCCUCCAGGAGCCCCCUGGUUCCCAUGAAGCCCAAAGCACCUGUGGUGGCCCCCGCUGUGGCUCCCAGCGCUGGGGAGCCGCUGGCCUUCAGGGUCCCCAAAGAUUACCCCCACUCCCGCUUCAGCAAGGCUCCACUCGCUGUCUAUCCCCCAAAGGGGGCGCGGAACAAGUCCUGCGUGUCACUACCAGUCGUAAGCUUGGAAAAGAUCCCCUGCCUCAGCCGAGCCGACUCCGCGUCUCACGUGCGCCUCAGCUCCUCCUCCUCUUCCUCCUCCACCCCCAAACCUGCCUCCCUUACCCCCCCCGCCCCUCAGCGCUCCGGCGAGAGGCUGACCAACGGCCGCAGCAGCAGCAGCCCGUCCACGCCGCUCUCCAUCACGCCCCCCGAUAGGCGGCCCAGCCCGGCGCGCUCGCCGCUGGACAGGCGGGCGCCGUCCACGCCGUCCCCCUCCCCGCUGGACCGGAAGCCCUUCCUCUCGCCCUCGCCCUCCCAUCGGCCCGGCGGAGCGCCAUCGUCACUGUCGCCCGUGGAGAAGAAGCAGCAGAACGGGACUAAGGCUCCCUCCAAGUCACACAAGAGACUCUCAGGGAGAGUGUUUGAUCCUGACAAGCACUGCGGAGUGCAGGACCCCGAGACAAAACGACCCUGCACGCGAUCCCUCACCUGCAAGACUCAUUCCUUAACCCAUCGGCGAGCCGUUCCUGGCCGAAGGAAACAUUUUGACAUCCUGCUAGCUGAACACAAGGGACAGGCGAAGGAGAGGGAGGCUUUAAAAGAAAGGGAGAAGGACAAGGAUGGAUUGCAGGGAGGGAAGGAAGCCUGCAGCCAGACUAUCACAUCUGUUGAUGCCGCGUGCCCCAGCAAGCCCCACUGCCCCAAUGGACGGCCCCUCUCUACACUCAAGCUAAGGCUGGCCAAUGCACACAUACCGAGGGUUCUGGGCAGCUCUGCUUCCACCUCCACUGCCAGUCCUCUUCUCCCAGCUGCAACCUCUGUCCAAGCGCCCAACCCGGAGCAGUCUCCCCACAGCUGGACGACAGCAGCAGGAGACAACGGUCGACUGUCCAGUGAUGAUGGAGAUACAGAGGCUCCGGACGACACUGACAGAUCCACAUUGCACUACUCCAGUCAUCAUCCGCAGCCUCUAGGGUUUUGCGUGUACGGCAGCAGGCUCAUGGGAAGAGGAUACUAUUUGUUUGACAGACGAUGGGACAGGAUGAGAAUAGCUCUCCAGAGCAUGGUAGAGAAACACCUAAACGCACAGAUGAAAGUGCCUCUGGCUGCUGAGAGCCUUCCCUCCCUCUCUGGUACCUCCGCUCCUUCACCUGCCACCGUGGCCUCCCCUCUCCUCACAUCCCCUUCCAACGCCCUCUCGUACGGCACCACGUUUCCUCAUUCUACACCCACAGCUGGCGUGCUAAGUGCGAGAGACUCUCCUCAGCCCAGUGGCCAGCUUUUGGCCCAGGGGAAAGCUCGCAACAGCAUGCAGAAAGCCAGUCGUCCAACCAAAGACACGGAAGACACUGUGGCGGGACCUAAGAAAAGAAAAUACCCUUCCCACUCUUCUUCCUCCCUUUCGUCCGCUUCCUUAUUUCCGACUGUGGAGAACCACAAGAGGAACGGCAGCAGCUUUUAUCCAGCAUUACAAGGCUCUGGUGUCACAUCUGCCCCCCCAGCCCGGAAAAAGGGACCCAGUCGUGGGGAUAGUGGGCUUUUUAGGGGGACAAACAACUGGCUAUCCAGAGCCGACGGGUCUCAGAGUCACAACGCGCAGAACAGUCGUGAACUCAGCACCAGCGGUAUACCCUCCUCACCCAGGGAACAAGCCACAACUCUACACCAGCCUAUGGCUCCCCCCACAGGACCGUUGGCUUACGGGGGAGGAGCAGAAGGGAGGAAGAGGAGGAGUCCCAGCUCUUAUAAAGAGAAGGCCAGCAAGCUGAGCAAGCCCAGUGGGCUGGGCAGUCUCUUUGGUAAAGGCAAGGACAGCGGGGGGAUACUGGCGUCAGGCCCCGACUCCCCUAGACAG